AUGAAAGCCCAGCAAGCAUCCUGCGCAAGAACGUCCCUUCCUGAUUUCAUUCACAAGAACGCCGAUGGGCUCCCAGUCGUUUCUUUCAGGCACUUUGAUCGGCGGUGUCGCGUUUUGUACCAGCUACGCACAUGCUAUACGCUCACGCGUAAAAUUUAUUAGUCCUUUUUUCAUCAUCUUUGAUUAUUUCCACUGCGUUCUUCUUACUUACUUUGUUCGGAACAAAAUUACGCCACAGUUCGUUGUCACCCACGUUUGCAUGCCCAGAUCCAAAGGUGAACGCUUGCGACCAAAUUGUAGUCAUGCUCGAAUCAACUAAAUUGUUUGAUCGUGGCUGAGACGUGAUGCGGCCAGGUGAACGAACUAGGACCAUGCAGUGCAGCCGAACUUUGCACGCGUGAGGCCCAUACUUACAACCUUGAUGUGGACUGCAGAGCUCCCAAUAUUUUAACAGAAUGUGCCGGGAAGAUGCGGACGUUUUUAUAUAGUAUAAUACGGCUAUGCUUUUUCCUACAAACGAGGAGAGACCGGCGGGGCAGCACACAGUUGCAGGAUUGUGACAAGGAAUCCAAUGGACGGCACUGGUAAAGCGGCAUGGAUCGGACACAAUGGUUUUCCCUAUGCGAGAUUCGGUUCGUAGCGUUGACUGAUCGCGAUCCACAUGGGUAACGACAUAUAUAUAAUGUCAUAACUAGGGCCGUUAACUUAAUAGCUACGCACCAUAGCUAAGCUAUGCUCGCUCAUGCUGAUGACUUUGGCCCAUCGCCUGCGUAUGGCCCAAGCGUGCGUCUGUUGCCUGAGUAAGUGGAGCGAUUUCAUCUUUUUAGGGAGCUGGCUGCGGCUCAGUUUCUUCUACGUGGAACGCGAUCACCUUACUGCGAUCCGGUUUCGGAUCACAGAUCACCUAACAACGUAGAUUGCAAAUACCUCUCGCUCUGGAGUCAAUUUGAUCCAGGAUCGGCUGAUUUGACGGCUGAGGAUGAGGCUAACAUCGAGGGUCAAGGGUACAACGUGUAUGUACCCUGUACAACAAGUUACUACGGUUGUAAGCAACAGGGCGGGUAUAAUGACAAGGAGUACUGCGUGGAGUCCAAUGCAGAUGACAGAUACGAAAAGAUGAGGGACCCGAGCGGACCGAUUGAGUACGCCUACAACCCCACUCUGUGCGUGUACGCGGACGACGUUUUUCUGACCGCCACUGAAAAAACGCAGGACCAGUGUGUUGCCACCACUACUACGACGACCACAUCCACCACAACUACGUAUCACACGGGAUGAAAAAUGAGGACUAGCACGCCAUACUUGUAAGAACAACGCCAUGGAGAUGGACGUCGAUAUCUAAGCACGAGACACUGAACAAAGACAAAUCUUCGAAGCUCAACCUGUCAUGUUGAAAACCAUAGCAUUUUAGAAGUAAGUAGCUUGGUUUCAGUAAAUUUUUAUUGGUGAUUAAUGCACGUUUUUCAACUUUCUGUUUCUUUGCGAAGUGUUCCACACCUCUGCAGAUAUUCUUACCUUCUUGGAUUACUUAGUAGUUUGCGGGAGGAUUUUUCCCGCUCACCUUAAGAAGCGCACACGCAAUUCUGUUUCUUUGCGAAAAACUGUGGCAUGCUGCUUUUUUCUACGGCAGACCACUGUGCCGGUGGACGCGAGGUGCGACGGCGUGGGCAACGAAGUAGUCCGCUUUAACAACACGGCUGACGUAAAGUGGAUCUGCGAUCAGAGGACCCAGAACGGAGCCAGGCACAGUAGCUUUCUGCAUUACACUACGCAAAUAGAAGAAAAAUGUUGCAGUUAGAGUUCCACAGUCAGACAAAUUCAUCUGCCAUGCCGGAUAUGCUUGAUAGCCUAGUUUCAUCGUACGUAUUUGCGUUGCGAGUUUUCUAUGCCAUGCAGGGGAAGUUUGUUUUUUGUCCGAGAUGCCCGGCUCUCAAUGCAAUCCGGUGCAGACAGUUUACCUUUAGGAAAAUCAAGCAGUUCGAGAGCAGUUUCUGGCUCACCUUGGUAGCUACUACAGUACCGAAAAAGCUUGCGCCAUAUUGUUUUUGUUGCUGAUGUUACAACAAAUCUGUGACUGUAACACUUUUAUCUUGGGAUAUACACGGUCGACGGCCCGAAAGAUGACAACACCGGCGAGCCGUUUCCUGCUGAUCUGCAGACCAAGGCCGAGUUGCCGGUCAUCCACACCCUUGUCGUCUGCAAGGACUCCGUAUUGAGAGGAAAAAUCCCCUCUCCCCACAUCAGAACGAAAUUUCUGAUGCUGGAUUUGCGUACGCAAAUUGCAAGCCCAUAUAAUGCCAGAGUAGCGAGGUUUUGGCCUAAGGACUUAGCAUGAGGAACGUCUAUGCUGUAGGCCCAACAGCAUUACAAAGAAACCGCCUGCAUAAUGGGGCGGAGCCUAUGGAGUCGCUUUCUGUGAAGACAGACGCUAUUUGUGGCCACGAGUCAGCACUGCAAAUUUUCUGAGGCGUGCCGUCUUGAUAUGGGGAGGGGGGAUUUUUCAUUUUGAUACUCCGACAUGGACAUCGAAGCCUGCACAGUGAACACGCUGUGCAAUGCGUGCCAGCGGGCGGAAGCGUUGUGCCCAGACCCCCUGAAAAGGGAAACCAUCACUGUCAAUUGCGAAAGCCGCUGA